ACUGAGUGUAUAACACUCUGUGGCCAUCCAGAAAGUGUGUCAGAGGACUGUGUUUGCUCCCAAAGUAGAUGACUGCUCACAUUCUGGUCUCUGUAUUACUGACUGCGAGAUACGAGAAAUUUUUAAUUCGUACAUCAUCCCAAGCCAGGACAAGGUUUUUCGAUUGUGGGAUAGAAUGCCGGCGAUCAUAAGUAAAAACUCCGAUUUGGAGUUUGACUCCUUACAACCGUGUUUCUAUCCGGAUGAGGACUUCUACUUCUGCGGUCCCGACUCUGCGCCACCGGGGGAGGACAUCUGGAAGAAAUUCGAGUUGCUGCCCACUCCGCCCCUCUCUCCAAGCCGCGCCGCGCUACGAGAGCCGGCAACUGCCUCGCCGGAAGCAGACCCCCUUGGCUUCGGGUUAGGGGACCCACUGGACUGGGCAUCCGAGCUGCUGCUCCUGCCUGGGGACGAUAUAUGGGGAGCAUCCGACGAUCUGUUCGGCUCCGCUUUGGAUUCUAAUCCCAAUAGUAUCAUCAUCCAGGACUGUAUGUGGAGUGGCUUUUCUGCCAGGGAAAAGCUGGAACGGGUGGUUACGGAGAAACUCGGCAAAGCUAUUUCCACGGCGACCGCAGGCAGCAGGAGCGUGUGCGUCAAGGCGCAGGAGGUGGUGAGCCGCAACUCGAUGUCAGAGUGUGUGGACCCCACAGUAGUGUUCCCCUUCCCGAUCAACAAGAAAAACAGCACCAGGGACUCAUCUGGGACCAUUAUUACAUCCACGGUCCACGGGAGCGCGCCUAGUGACUCCGAAGAGGAAGACGAAGAUGACGAAGAGGAAGAGGAAGAAGAAGAAGAGGAAGAUGACGAAGAAGAAGAGGAGGAGGAAGAAGAAGAAGAAGAGGAGGAGAUUGAUGUAGUCACAGUAGAGAAGAGGCGCUCUACAAUCACCAAGGCAUCACCCAUGGCGUCAGGCACUGUCACCAUCUCUGUACACCCCAAAAGUCAAGAUGCAAAAGGAAUUGUCUCAGGGUCCGGAUCCGGUGUGGUGAGUCGAUUCGUCAGCCGGGCUCCUCAGGAGCUCAUCUUGAAGAGAAGUUCAGUCCACCAGCAGCAACAUAACUACGCAGCCCCCUCACCCUAUGCUUCAGACGAUGACCCAACCCCGCCUCCAAAGAAGCAAAAGGUGUCCGAUGCCCCGCGCCUUCCUUCCAGAACCAUCUCUUCAUCCUCCUCAUCUUCCUCCUCAUCCUGCAGCUCAGUCACCAGCACAUCAGGGGUGCGCAGCAAGCGCAGCUCCAGCGGGGACAGCAGCCCGAGAGGCAGCUCCGACUCAGAGGACAGCGAGCGCCGACGCAACCACAACAUCCUGGAGCGCCAGCGCCGCAAUGACCUGCGAUCCAGCUUCCUGACGCUGCGCGACCACGUGCCGGAGCUGGCGCACAACGAGAAGGCGGCGAAGGUGCUCAUCCUUAAGAAGGCCACCGAAUAUGUGAACUCGCUAGAGACGGAAGAGAUGAGGCUCCAGCAGGAGAAAGAAAGGCUCCACGUCCGGAGGCAACAGCUGAUGCGCCGGCUGGAGCAGGCAAGGACUCGCUAACAGACAACUGCUACAACACAAACACUCACAAUAUACCCUGGACGACCCCCCCACCCCCACCCCUCUGCAUCAACUCAAGUCUGAUACACAAGAAGAUGCACGCAGAGGCCUCCAUAUCUGUUGCACACGUGCACACACCAACACAACAUCUCAGAGGAUGUUUAUCUUCAGAUGUCAACACACACCUUGGAGGGGCGGGGUGCCGGGGGCGGGGGGAUGCUCGGACUUUCACUGCCGCCACUUUUUUUGCACAUUUGUUGACGUUAAGAAUGUUUAGGGUUUACUUUUUCAAUCCAGUCACAUUAAAGAAAGAUUAAAAAUGCACGCACACACACACACACACACGAAAAACAAAAAAGCAUGAGGAAGGAGAGAGGACACACUUUUUUUAGUCUUCCCUUCUUCUGUUUUUUGAAAUAUAUAAUUUCUAUUUGUACUUUUUUUGUACUCACUGUGACACCAGCCUGGAAUCUAGUUAUUCCCACAGGGACGGGUGUUGGAGGGCACUUUGCUUGGAGAGUUCAUGUACAAGAAGAAGUGCACACUUACUUUGCCUUCACCACUGCAAAACUGAAAAGACUGAUGACUGAGGCGUCACAUAAACAAUGCCACUACAGGUCCUCUUUCCCUCACUCUUCUCACACUGGUGCUCAAACCAAGUCAGUGGAUGUAUAACUGCGCACCUUGCUAGCCGACACUUUUGUAUAUAACAAUAGUGUACAGACAAAAUACACUCAGAUCUGCCUUGUUUUGUAAUACAGUUUGUCCUUGUUCUUUUUUAUAUAUAUAUACAUGUCAGAAAGCUGCCAACAUUUAGACUGGAAGUUUAUAUACCUUUAAAAGUACUGUAAGGCCUCAAUUUUGAGAGUCAUGAAACUUUGUAAUAUAACAAUAUAUUGUUUUUUUUCUCUUCCCUUUCUUUGUAUUGUAUUAUAUUACUAAUUCAACACACCUUUAUGCUUUUAGUGUGAACCUGAUACAUACUAAAUUUGAUACUUAUAUUUUCGUAUGAAAAUGAGUUCCUGGUAGAUAUCACUUUAUCUCGUCAUUUUUUCUUCUAUCUCAAAUAAUUCUUUUGUACAGCAAAUGUGUUCUAUCCUCAUGUACCUGGCCUUUUUUUUUCUUUCUUCCUUUUUUUUUUGUUUAUAUUUGCUAUCGGGUGCAUAGAACUGGGUAAACAGAUAUAAGAUGUUUGUUUUUUUGUGUUUUUUGUGUUUGUUUUUUUUUUCAAUUUAAAAUGUACAUUUAGUGCUGCAACUCAUAGCACUUUGAAAUACCUCAUUUUGAAAAAUAAAUAGAUAUCAUAAAAUCUU